CUACAAUAACUAGUCAUUGGACCUGCCUGAAAGUCCAACGACAUCAUAUCACAUCAUUAAUGUCACCUCCCUUGUAUUGGUGAGGUUGUAUUGGACUUUUGGGUACGUAUUUGCUUGAAUACCACUUUUUUUUUCGUGCAUGUACAACCUCCCUUGUAAUUACCACACUCACUCGCUCGCUCGCUCGCUGGUAGCUCUUUCCCCCAUAUAUGUACACAUAAACGCACCACAGGCUUUCCCACUUUCCGUUUUAAAAUGUUUCUGAACUCAGCAGCGUCUUUUGCCACACAAAACGCCUUUGUCAGAUUUCCCCACGGCAAAUGGCCGCCUCCACAGUCAUCAUCAUCAUCAUCUUCUUCUUCUUCAUCGUGUCAAUGGGGCAGCACUGUUAACCAUGGAGGAAAGGGGAGCCCAAGCAAGGGCAGCAGCAGCGUAAUUAAUCGACAGCAUAAUAAAAAUCAUCAUAAAGUAAUUAGAGCGGUGAUCAACAUUAAUAAGGCUGAGAAUAACGCGGUUCCGGACAACCAGCUGAUUUUAGCAUUGGAUGAGCAGAAGCAGAAGCAGAAGCAGCAAGGCCUUGGAAUUGAGAAGUUCCUGAGCGGGAAGACUUGGUUCAUCACUGGUGCAACUGGGUUUGUUGGUAAAGUUCUGGUGGAGAAGAUAUUGAGGUCCAUCCCCGACACAAGGAAGAUAUACCUGAUGAUAAAGGCUAAAGACACUGAAGCCGCCCUGCAUCGCCUGAAAACUGAGAUAAUAGAAGCAGAGGUGUUCAGCGUGCUGAAGGAAGAAUAUGGGGAGUCCUACAAGAGUUUCAUGCUCGCCAAAUUGGUCCCUGUGCCUGGAAAUUUAGCUCCUGAACUCGGAAUCCAUCCGGAAACUGCUGAUUUGGUCGCCGGAGAAGUGGAUCUCAUCGUCAACUCAGCCGCCAACACAACUCUCGAUGAAAGGUAUGAUGUUGCCAUUAAUACCAACACCAGAGGAGCAACCAACCUUAUGGGAUUUGCCGACAAGUGCCACAACCUCAAGCUCUUCAUGCACAUCUCCACAAUAUACGCGAACGGUGGGAGAAGCGGCAGAGUAAUGGAGAAGGCAUUCAGCGAGGAAGACGUUACUACCACAGCAGCACUGGACGUGGCAGCAGAAAUUCAACUGGCUUUAACUCACUCUGCUGCUACACCAGCUGCCGACCACCUCAAAAGACUGGGCCUUGAAAGGGCCAGAAAAUUUGGGUGGCACGAUACUUACACCUUCACAAAAGCUAUGGGAGAGAUGAUGUUGGGGGAUUACAUAAAAGACAUGUCGUCGGCGAUAUUGACAAACUCCAACAAAGUGCCCAUUGUUGUACUUCGACCGAGUAUCAUUGAAGGCAGUUAUGCGCAUCCAUUCCCCGGCUGGAUUGAAGGAAACAGGUGUCUAUCUAUCAAGACCCUUUUUAUGAUAUAGUAACUAUUUAAUUUUUUUUGGUUUGCUGGAUCAUUAUAACCUAAUUUUUAAGUGGUAAUAGCAUUUUAUAUUCUAAUGCCAUUCUUAAAGCAAACAUAUUCCACACAAACAUGUACAUAACAGAACAUACCCUUUUGUCCAAAUUUUACUUAGUUAACCGUUAAAAUGAGUAGAAAAUGACAAAUUACCUCUCACUUAUUUUCAUAUUUUUCUUAAUUUUUUAAGAAAUAAAAAACUAAAAU